AUGGUGGAAAGCAGCGAAGAAGAAGAUGAUUUCCCCUCAAUGGAGAGCGUCACCCCUCAGUCCAAGAUCGACACCAUCUACCAGUCCAAGACUGAAAAGGGCAUCAGGAAAAUCUGUUUCGAGCUUUUGGAUCUGAAAGAUGCAGUCGAAAACUUGUGCAGUAAUACACAAACAAAGUAUUUGGCUUUCUUGAGAUUAUCUGAUGAAGUAGUUGAAACGAAGCACGAGCUAAAUGAGCUCCAAAAGCAUAUUUCCACCCAAGGGCUUCUCGUGCAAGAUCUCAUGAGCGGCGUAUUUCACGAAUUGGAACAAUGGAGCCAGGUAGGCGAGAGUGUCGAGGAAGAUGAUGAGAACUCACAAAUUUACGAAAUUGAAAGUAUAUUCCCAACUGAAAAGGAGGACCAAAGGAUGCAAUUCCUGGAGCACAUUGACGUUCUUCUUGUCGAGCAUAAAAUUGAAGAAGCCAUAGACGCAAUCGAUGCCGAAGAACGUAAUCAUCUGGAAACAAAUGAUGAAGCCUCCUCCUUUAAGUCUGCUUUGUCGAAAAGCAAAGCAACACUCGAGAACCAGCUCAUUGAAAUCAGCCAACAGCCGUCGGUUGGUAUUCUAGAACUGAAGAAGGUUCUAUCCGGUUUGUUAAAGCUCGGUAAAGGUCCCGUGGCUCAUCAGAUUUUCCUGAAAUCUUAUGGGUCCCGACUCCAGAGGAGCAUAGAGGAUUUUCUCGCCCUGUGCCCUUGCUAUCCUGAGACGUACUCAGCUACACUGUCUAACCUUGUCUUCUCUAUGAUUUCACUGGCCACUAGAGAAUCUGGCCUCAUGUUUGGGGAUGACCCAGUUUACAGCAAUAGGGUUGUUCAGUGGGCGGAAUGGGAAAUAGAGUCUCUGAUCAGAUUGGUCAAGGAAAAUGCGCCGCCUUCUGAGACUUCCUCUGCCUUACGUGCGGCGAGUGUAUGCGUUCAGGCGAGUCUUAGCCACUGCUUGGCCCUGGAAGCACAGGAUCUGAAGCUGAGGAAGCUGCUGCUUGUGCUUUUGCAGCCAUACAUUGAGGAAGUUUUAGAGUUGAACUUCAGAAGGGCUCGGAAGGUGGUUCUUGAUCUGGAUGGAGGAGACGAGAACAUGCCUUUGUCUCCUCGUUUUGCGUCUCCUCUUUCCACUUUUUCUAUCUCGUCUGAUCGUAUGCUCGUUGAUUGCGGGAUGAGGUUCAUCUUUGUUGUCAAGGAGAUAGUCGAGCAUUUAACACGCUCAGUCAUCCUACAUUUUGGGGGAAACAUACUGACCAGAAUCGCGCAGCUUUUCGAUAGAUAUGUCGAUAUCUUGAUUAAAUCCCUAACCGGGCCCACAGAAGACGACAAUCUGUCAGAUUUGAAGGACCCUGUGCCUUUCAAAGCCGAGACAGACUCCCAGCAGCUCGCGUUACUGGGGACCGCCUUCACUAUUGCUGAGGAGCUGCUGCCUAUGGUGGUCUCCCGAAUUUGGAAUGUGCUGAACGAGAGCAAGGAAGCUGGGGCCGGGCAGGCUGAUAAUGUAUUAUUGCCUCUGGUCAACAUCAGUGUCGAUCCUAAAGAUUGGAGACGUCAGCUUCAGCACUCUCUGGACAAGCUAAGAGAUCAUUUCUGUCGGCAAUAUGUUUUGAGUUUCAUAUAUUCACGAGAUGGGGAGACUAGAUUGGAUGCACAGAUAUAUUUACGUGGUAAAGGGCAAGAUUUGACGCGGAAUGCUGAUCCUCUACCCUCUUUGCCGUUCCAGGCACUAUUUGGGAAGCUUCAGCAGCUAGCAGCCGUGGCUGGUGAUGUUCUGUUGGGAAGAGAGAAGAUACAAAAGGUUUUGCUGGCUAGGCUAACCGAGACAGUGGUGAUGUGGCUGUCUGAUGAACAGGAAUUUUGGGGUGUUCUUGAGCAUGAUUCUGCUCCUCUUCGCCCUCUUGGAUUGCAGCAGUUAGUACUUGACAUGCACUUCACAGUCGAAAUCGCACGGUUUGCUGGAUACCCAUCGAGGCACGUACACAAGAUUUCAUCCGACAUAAUUGCACGCGCAGUGAAAGCUUUCUCUGCCCGAGGAAUUGACCCACAAAGUUCACUUCCGGAGGACGAGUGGUUUGUGGAGACUGCAAAAGGGGCCAUAAACAAGCUUCUCAUGGUCGGGUCUGGUUCAGACGCGUCUGAGAUUGAUGACAGGGAUGAACACAUCAUGAUGGAUGAUGAGAUCAUCUCGGAUUCGGACGAGUCCCCUUCAUCCCUCUCGUCCGUGGACAGUGAGGAAUCGUUUGCAUCCGCUCGGAUGGAAGAAUUGGAGAGCCCCGUUUUAACAGAUUCGGAAAAUUGA